GCUGCAAAUGGAGUUCCCUGUGACGUGCAAGAAACCUCAAACAUUUUAUAUGACUUUGUCCAACAAACAGAUACCAAAAGAUUUGGAUGAUCCCUUUCAAUCCUCGUCUCUUCGCUUCACUGUUGUUUUCGGGACGCCUAACCUCCCCAUCCCGCAUCUAGUGGCCCCUGAGCGCUUCCCCCUUCUCCCCCAGCUGGUGCAGAUCUCGGGCGGCAACACAGCUGGCACGACGCUGAGCGGCCUCACGCCUGGCGCAGACUACCUGUACACCAUCCAGGCAAGGAACGAGCAGGGGGCGUCGGCGUACGUGUCUCCUCCGGCCCUCGUCACCAUGCUGGGCGUCGGGGCAAAGGUAGGCUCGCAGGCCGGAGGAGCAGGCCAAUCCCGCGUCCCUCGCCUCAUGCUCCUCAUCCUCACCCUCACCGGCGCCGCCCUCCUCGUCCUCAACGUCGCCAUCAUCGUCUGCUUCGUGAGGAGGCGGUCCGUCAACAGGAGCGCCUCGGCCUCUUCCUCAGCCAAGACGGUCGCCCUUGACACUUACGGUGCCAGCGGUGCCUCCACGCCGGGUGCCAAUCACAGCGAAGUUGUUUUGUCUCUGACGGCCAUGUCUCCUGGCACCAUCCACGACUCGACGCCGACGGGCAAGGAGGAUUACCAGACGAACGUGGAUGACGACGAGACCAGUCUCGUCAUCUCCAACGCUGCUCCCCGCACGCCCUCCUACACCCAGAGCCCGAGCGCCCACACGCCCGCCGGCGUCGCCCCCCGCCAGAACGGGGAUCUCACCAGGAGUCCGAGUUUCGUGGCCCAGUCCGGCUCUCCCGAAGGCUCCCCGACGGACCGCGCCUCCCCUCUCCCACCGCAGGACCCCGUCGCUUCACCGCAGGAAAGCUUGAUCGCGCCCCCGACGAACCCUGAGGUAUGCUCGCUCACGUCGAGUAUCUACGACGCGCUGCCCUACGACGCGCUGCCUUGCGAAGCCCAGCCCCUACUCCUCCAGCGGGACGGCUGCGGGGCGGACGACCAGAUUUCUGUGUUCUCCCACCAGAGCGAUUACUCCCAGGGGCACGUCCUCCCGCCCUCCGCCAAUGUCCACAGUCGCCAGCUGCAUCCUAACCACGCGCCCGCCCCGCCGCCCGUCCCUGAGCUGUGCAGUCCCGACUACGCCGAGGACCCCGCCCCGUCGCCCCCUCGCCCCUUCGCUAGCCCUUCCGCGGGCCAAGGGGCCAUGAAUCAAGCCCCCGCCCCUGUCACCUCCAGCCAGACAGCCAACCCUGCCAAGUCAAGCCACUCUCUCAAGUCUCCGACGCUCCCCCACGAUAUGCCUCUCCCUGCCCCUCAGGCCACUCAACGCCAAGCCGACGUCCCAGCGUCUGCGUACCACAGCCCCGUCUUGACGUCGGCGCAUCUCACGCCCGUGCCCGCCUCGUCGCAUCAUAUUCUGGCGGCAUCACACCCUUCCCAUAUGCCGACCUCAUCUCACCACACGCAUGCCCCCGCCAUGCCCUACCACACCCAUGUCCCUGCUAUGCCACACCAUUGCCACGUCCCUACGUCGGCGCAUCUCGUCCCUGUCUCGCCAACUGUGCAAGUCAUGGCCCCCCCUCCAUACUCCCCCGCCCCCUCCCCUCCAACGUCGUACUUCGCCUCAAUCCCCACCCACCACGCCCCCCACUACAGCGUCUCGGCGUCGGUCCCCCUGGCAGCCUCCUCUCCGGUCUCAAUGCCCCCUCCUCCAUACCAGUUCGCCGCCCCUGCCCCAGUAUCCAUGGCUGUCCUUAACCAACAGCAGCGCGCCCCCGCCCUAUGGCACCACGCGCCAGCGCUGGCCCAGCCCCCCAUGCCCUGCCCUUACCACCACGCCCAGAAGCAGCAGCAGCAGCCUGGUCAGGACGCCGGCCAGUACACGAUGCCUCCCGAGCAGCUCGCGCGCUCCAAGAACCAGCACGACUCUUGGUGCGACAUCAGCGCCGCCUUGCCUGAUCCUCCCCUCGCUUACGCCACUCAGGGGCCGCAGGGCCGCCGGGGCACUCCCUCGCAGUUCGCCAGCCUGCAGCGCCCCCGCCCGGCUUGCACUCACGCCCACCAGAGCCCCCCGAGUCAGCUGCGGGUGGGCCAGCGCCCCUUUGCCCUCGACGAGGACUGCGAGCUGCGCACGGCCUCUGUGGGCCACCAGAGUGCCCCCCACCACAUCCCCAGAGCCUCCUGCCGCCGAAGCAGCUUCCAUGGCUCGCUCCAUCGUGAGCCACCCGCUUACGCUCCUCAGCCCGCCCACCGGAUAGAAAGCCAGGGAAAGAGAGAACCGCAUGGGCUCCCGCCUUCCAGCGCCCCCUGUGGCAAGCCGGCCUCUCCCCAGGGCUCCUUCAGAAGUCCCACGGGCAGCCCCGUGUCCUCUCCCGCGCCCCACUCCUCGCCCGAAGCCAAAACCGCCUUUACGCCCGUGAGGCGCCCGCGCUUCCCCCACGACUUCGUGCGCCACGGAGACUCCUUCAAGGGGCGGCCGUCGGCCAAGGGUGAGGAGCCGCAGGCGGACAGCGUCGCCGUGACCAGCAGCACCAGCAAGAGAUAAGUGUUGCCACGCCGGCGACGGACCUCAAGCCAGCGGGCGACCUUGCCAGUGUUCCGCGCAGAUAUAUUUAUCUGCUCAUUAUUACUUUGAAUGUGGUGGCCCUGAAGUAUACUUGAGCAGUUUUACUUUCCAGUGUGUGGAUGUUAUAACUCCGGACACCAAUUUUUAAUCGCUAUGUUAGUGAUUAAUUAUAAGUGGUAAAAAGGUCACUCAUCCGUGAAGAGUAUCUCUACUGAUAAUUGCAAAGAUUAUAUACUCUGAAACUUGUAGAGCACUACACCCAUGGACAUCAUACGUUGGCAGACCCAGCAUAAACACCAUACACCAAGGACACUUUGGUCAUGGCCCUAGAGGUCAGCAAACAAUUUACGGUAUUAAAUGAAACGCUGUGAUACGUUACAGUUAAAUCUCUAGCAUUACGUGUACGAAAAUGUAUCCAGAGUGGUGUGAGGAGAAAAUGACAAUACUUACACUAGAUGUGUAUUCUCUCACUACAUAUCAGAGAAUGAUGAUGAGAGAAAAAGAAUGAGUUUGUCAUGGUAACUUCACGACAGAGGAUGAAGAUAUCCACUAAAGACAUUCCUUCCAUUAACCCAUGAUAUUUGCAAAUAUUUUUGUACAGACAAGAAGGCGUGAGCGGCCUGUAAGUGUGCCCUCGCUCGGCAGUUGCCUUUAAUGGCAGUUGAUGUUUUGUAACGAAAAGAAGCAAAAACAAAAAUAUGAAUCAAUAAGUUUGGUAAAUACCUGUUUAGAUUAUGAGUGGCUUGUUAUUAACAUAGCAACCAAGCUCAUCUCACUUCGCGUCCUGACCAUCUUCGAUCUGUUCGUCUGUCUCUGCUUGUAACUCCAACUCACUGUCUGUUAAUUCUUUUUGUCUGUCAGUGCGCUUCUCUUUCCUUGUCCACUUGCAUAUCUUGAUUACCAUCUACCUUUCACUCUCUCGCUUACGAUCUUGGUUUUUCUGUUCUCUUCUUCCUUUCUUCUCUCUCUCCUCUUCUCUUCUCUCUCUCUCUCUCUCCUCUUCCUCUCUCCCAGCCUCCCUCUCAACCCCUUCCUCCCGUAUCCCCCCUCCUAGCCCCUCCCCUUCUCCCCCGCUCCUCUCUGCCAGCUCAAUUCCUCAGGACUCCCCCUCCCGGCCCGCCCUCGGCCCAGUCGUUUGUUAUCACUUUUCCCCAACUUGUACCUCCAGACGUGUGCUUCCCUAUCAUCGCUUCGGACCUCACGCCCACACUUAUUCAACGUCAUUUCCGAUUCUAUGUGCCCAUGUGCAUUUCAUAUAAGCGUUCUUGUGUAUUUCAUUGCUUAAGGUUAACCCAUGCUGCGCUAACACAACUCAUGGAAGUAUUCGUGACCUUCAUGUGUGAAUGUUUCAUGUGACUGCGUUUGUAUGGCGUCUUAAGGGUCUCUGGAUGAGAGAGAGAGAGAGUAUGAGUUUUAUUUGUUUAUAUGUGUGCCUGUGAAUCAGUCCGUACGUGUGUGGUUAAGUGUAGUUAUAUCAGGAAAUUCCUUUUUUGUACCACCUUUGUGAAACAAACAUUCUGAAUGUCUAGAGAACAUAUCAUUUUAUUUACUUUUUUUCCGCCACAUGUAGCUAUACGCAAAAUAGAACAGUAAGGUGUUUUUGUACUUGGAUUAAACAUUUUCUUUUGUAAAUUUAUAUAAAGUGAAUCAUCUAUCUCAAAUCUAGACUUUUCAUUUUUGAGACAAAUAGAUU